UGCUGAGACGAGCAGCGAGCCCCAGGCACCCUCCCCCGCGCGCGGCCAGGCUGCUCCACGCUCCCCAGCCCGGGAGGCAGGGCGGCCGCGGGCCGGGGCUGGGGAAGCUCCGGGGCUUGCUGCCUUCCCCCGGCCAGCCGGAAACCGCCCGGCCCAGCCGAGCCAAGAGGCCGGAGGGGGCUGCCCAGCGAGCCGGCCCCGGCUAUGGAGGGGCUGGGGGCCCUGCUGCUCCUCCUGCUCUCGCUCUGCCUCCUGGCCUUCGGCCUUUACUGCUGCUACGUGGCAGCCACCCACGCCAAGUACGAUCACAUCCCCGGCGCCCCGAGAGAGAGCUUUAUACUGGGACAUCUGCCAAUCAUCUGGCGACUAUUCAAGAGAAAUGAAUUGAUUCAGGAUCUCUUCAUACAAUGGGCAGAAGAGUAUGGCCCCAUUGUGCGUGUUAAUGUUUUCCACAGAGUAUUGCUCUUCGUUCUGAGUCCUGAAGGAGUAAAGGAGUUCCUGAUGAUGCCACAGUACCCGAAGGAUCCAAAAACAUAUAGCAGUCUCUAUACUAUGUUUGGCAUGAGAUUUCUAGGGAAUGGCUUAGUAACUGAUCUUAACCAUGAUCACUGGCACAAGCAACGGAGAAUUAUGGAUCCAGCUUUCAGCCGAACCUACCUGAUUGGUUUGAUGGAAACCUUUAAUGAAAAAGCAGAGGAGCUGAUGGAAAAGCUAGAGGAAAAAGCAGAUGGAGAAACUGAAUUUGACAUAAUGAGCAUGAUGAGCCGAGUGACUCUGGAUGUUAUUGCGAAGGUGGCCUUUGGCAUGGAAAUAAACGCACUGCACAAUGACCAGACACCUUUCCCACAUGCAGUGACCAUGGUCAUGAAAGGAAUGAGGGAGAUACGUGUCUCCUUUGUGAAGUACAUGCCAGGAAAACAAAAAUUGAUAAAGGAGAUCCAGGAAAGUGUGAGACUGCUGCGCCGUGCAGGAAAGAAAUGCAUUGAGCAGAGGCGAGAGGCCAUCCAGAAUGGGGAGGAAGCCCCACAAGAUAUUCUGACUCAGAUCCUGAAAGGAGCUCAGGAAGAGACUAGAGAUGAUGAAAAUAUUCUGGAUAACUUUGUCACUUUCUUCGUUGCUGGUCAUGAAACAACUUCUAAUCAGUUAUCAUUUACAAUAAUGGAACUGGGGCGGCAACCUGAAAUAGUAGAAAGACUUCAAGCAGAAGUGGAUGAGGUUAUUGGAGCCAAAAGGGACAUUGACUAUGAAGAUCUUGGGAAGCUUGAGUACUUGUCCCAGGUUCUCAAAGAAUCCCUCCGAUUAUACCCUCCCGUUCCAGGGACUGUACGUUGGACAGCAAAGGAAAAUGUCAUUGAAGGUGUCAGAAUUCCAGCAAACACUUCUCUGUUUUUCAGCACGUAUAUCAUGGGAAGGCUGGAAAAGUUUUUCAAGGAUCCGCUGACUUUUAAUCCGGACCGAUUUAGAAAAGAUACACCAAAGCCAUAUUUUACCUAUUUUCCAUUUUCUUUGGGACCUCGUUCCUGUAUUGGACAGAUAUUUGCACAGAUGGAGGCUAAAGUGGUGAUGGCAAAACUGCUUCAGAGGUUUGAAUUUCAGCUGGUGCCAGGACAGAGCUUUGAAAUUGCAGAUACGGGAACCUUUAGGCCAAAAGAUGGUGUCACGUGCAGAUUGAAGCCACGAAACAUUACAAAAGGGUCCCAAAUAUAAUGGGAUUAGGGAAGGGUGGAGUCAGUGAUAAUUGUGGUAGAGUUUCCUCCCAGAUUUUAGAGAUUUUUAUAGUCACUUCUGCGGGGUGCUAUUGAAAAUGUUGUCAGCUCACCCCAUAAUUACUGAGGAGAAAUUUGGGAGUUUCAGUUUGGAUGUUUAUUUGAAUCUUGAAGCUUAGCAAAAAGCAGACUUGAUCAGGUCCUGCUUGUUUCUCAUCAGACUUAGAAAAGCCAUAAGAAUAUCAUCUCUUACUCUGCCACUUGUGACAAUGCCUAAAUCCUAGUCCAGAUUUUCCACUGAGUUUAAUGGGACCAAGAUUUUGGCAUAUGUUCCUAGGCAUAACUGCAUGUAAAUAGUAAAACAAACAGUGGAUAGAUUUGUACAGCAGUUUUGGUGUGAGGUUGGGGGGUGAAAGUUUGGGUUCAUUUUUAUUACAUCCAAAUUGCUUUCCCCGUCCAUGCUCUAAACUGCAGUAAUACAUGUUCUUCUUGCAGUGAAUAUGAUUCAAUAUAUGAAAUCUAAUGCAGGAGACAGGACUAGAGGCUACUACUAUUGUCUGUCCUACAGCUGUUUAAAUACUGAUUUGCUGUCAAUUCCAAAUUAUAUAAAAAAUUGUUUUGGAAUGAGCAAAAAUGAUUUUUUUUAAAUUGGCAUCUCAAAAAAUAAAAAAAUUAUUGAACAAAAUAUUUUGAUUUCAAGCGUUUUUAAUGUUUGUAAUUGUUUGGGUUUUAAUAAAUUUAAGGGAAAUUUCUAAAUGAAAAGUUAUUUUGAACCAAAAAUUGACAUGUUUGGUUUUCAAAAUUUCAAUGAAACAUUUCUGUUUUUUGUGAACUUUCUUUUUAGUUGUUUUCAGUUGAAGUAAUGUAACAAAACCUCCAUGAAAUUCUAAAACAUUUCUAUAUUGCUAAGUUGGCAUUUUUGCCAAAAAAAUUUCCCUUAGCUCCUUUCUUGUCUGACUUUCUCACUUUCAUACUGUGCUUCUUUCCAAUCCCAGUGCAUGUUGCUGAGUUAACACACCGUCCUAUGUCUUAGCUGUGCAUUACCCUAUAUUAGUUCUACAGCUGAAGUUAGCUGGAUGCUUCAUGCCUCACAAAGUACUCAACUGGACUGGCUUCCGAAUGGCCUGUCUCUGUUGAGCGAAGAACUACCUGGGCAAGUGCUAUUGUUUAGAAAUAGACAAUAAUUAAUAGAUGAAGAACAUGGAUGAAAGGGAGUUUCGGACAACUGGAGCUGAACUCUGUUUCUUAUCGCUUCCAGUUAACACGAGCAGAAGACAAGAUGUGAUAUGAUAUUCCUGUAAGGCCAGAUUGUCAUGCCCUUACAGAGAGUUCCAAUUGACUUCAGUGAUACUACUCAUGGUGGGCAAAGUACUAUUUGUCUUAAAUUAGGGCAUGAUAAUCUGGCCUAUCACAUUGAUGCAUUAUCCCUUCAGUAAUGUCCUAAGAUACGUAUGCUGUCAGGUAUAAGGACCUGCAUUUGCUCAGUUUCCUGCCAGCCUAGUGAACACAGCUGGGCAGCAUCAGCUAGACCAUCUGACGGCUCACCCCAUCUGGUUGGCUAAGGAAGCUAGCAGGCUUGUUCUUAAGCCAAACAGCAGCCAUUCACUGGCUCCUCUGUGCAUAUGCUUGUGCUCAGCUUACUCUAACUCCUGCUUCCUUUCUGUGCUCAGCUUGCUCCAAGUCCUGCCUCUGCAUUGCUGCUCCUUGUUCCAGCUGUGCUCCCACCUUGCCUUACUCCAGGUCACCCAGUUCUGGUCUUUGGCUCGUAUUGUUGAUUUCUGACUUUGGCUUGGGCACCUGGUCUCUGACUCUAGUCCUGACCCUUGUAGUUAGAUGAGGCGUGAAAUAUAAGCCUAAAUAUCACAGGUCUGGUGUGAGACCUGAGGACGAGGCAACAAUGGUCAAGACUUUGCUAAUAUAAAGCAAAGAUAAACUAUGAGCAAGAGGCAGGCUCAUGCUCAAAGAAUCUGGUGUGAAUGGGGUUGAUGACAUAAAAAACUAAUUGGUACUAGGCACAAGCUGGAAGCACAUUCCACAGGGAUGGUAACAGGACACCUCAUGAAGAAACACUUUGGUACCAACAUACUCUCCACCACUAACAAGCAUAACAACCUAGGCCCAGGACAGAGUCUAAAAUGACCAUGAUAAAUAGUGUUGUUUUGGGCAAACCACCAUGUACAAGACAAUGGGUCACCCUCGUAUGUCAGUAGUGAUGUGUAACUUCUUUAUAUCUUUGCAUGAAAAAAAAUCUUAGCUGGGCUGUCAUUGUCCAACUGAGACAGCAAUGACGAAUUCCUGUCACCGGCUGAACUGUGUCCAUUGUCACAGGCACACAUUCUUAGUAUCCUCUAGAAUCUAACAGGUAGUGUCACUGUACUUUGUUUACAAUAAAGCUGACUUGGUGCCUUUGA